GCUACAGCCCCACGCGCUCAGUUGCGCACGUAUGUUCUUGUGUAGAUCUAGGUUCGUAUAGCGCUAAUUGGGGUUGAGAGGAAAGAGAUGACGGCGAGGAAAGCCGCUUUCCAACCACUGUCCAGCUCUCGCAUCCCGGAGAGGAAGGGAGCGACUGACCGGGGAAAGACUAACCCGGGCUGGUCUUAUAAUUUCCCGCAACAGGAGCCGGAGAAAGGCCCCUCGACUGCGGGGAUCCAUGCCAAUGUGGUGGGAGCUGUCGUGGGUUCCGUGGCAGUGGAUGAGUCGUCCGACAGCGAGGGAGAACAAGAAGGGCCUCAGAAACUAAUCCGGAAAGUUUCGACCUCCGGACAGCUCAGAACUAAGACCAGUGUAAAAGAGGGAUUGUUGCUGAAACAGACGAGUUCCUUCCAGAGGUGGAAAAAGCGCUAUUUCAAACUGAGAGGACGCACACUCUACUACGCCAAAGAUGCCAAGACUGGCACUGCCAUGGCGCGGUGGCAGGACCGGGCGCUGCACCGCGUGUCCAGGAGUCGUGUUUGUUGGCGGGUCCUGUCCGUGUGCUGGGCCGGGCCUCGGGGCUCUCCACCGGCUAGCGGAUCAGAGGAAGGUCUGAUGUCGAUACGGUCUCUGAUAUUUGACGAGGUGGAUUUAUCAGACGCCAGCGUGGCCGAGUCCAGCACCAAGAAUGUCAACAACAGCUUUACGGUGAUCACCCCGUUCCGAAGGCUCAUCCUCUGCGCGGAGAACAGGAAGGAGAUGGAGGACUGGAUCAGCUCGCUGAAGUCUGUCCAGUCCAGAGAGCAUUACGAGACAGCACAGUUCAAUGUGGAACAUUUCUCAGGAACGCAUAACUGGUACGCCUGUUCCCACGCACGGCCCACGUUCUGUAACGUCUGCAGAGACAGCCUCUCCGGAGUCACCUCCCACGGCCUGUCCUGCGAGGUGUGUAAAUUCAAAGCUCACAAGCGCUGCGCCGUCCGGGCCACCAACAACUGCAAAUGGACAACGCUGGCCUCCAUCGGGAAAGACAUCAUCGAGGACGAGGACGGGAUCGCCAUGCCUCACCAGUGGCUGGAAGGGAACCUGCCCGUCAGUGCCAAGUGUGCUGUUUGUGACAAGACGUGUGGCAGUGUGCUUCGUCUGCAGGACUGGCGCUGCCUCUGGUGUAAGGCAAUGGUACACACGGCGUGCAUGGACCUGUAUCCCAGGAAGUGUCCCCUGGGUCAGUGCAAAGUCUCCAUCAUCCCACCAACUGCCCUGAACAGCAUCGACUCAGACGGCUUCUGGAAGGCCACCUGUCCUCCAUCCUGUGCCAGUCCUCUACUGGUCUUCGUCAACUCUAAAAGCGGGGAUAACCAAGGAGUUAAAUUCCUACGACGUUUCAAGCAGCUCCUGAACCCUGCCCAAGUGUUUGACCUGGUCAACGGAGGACCGCACCUGGGACUGCGUCUAUUUCAGAAGUUUGAUAACUUCCGGAUCCUGGUGUGUGGAGGGGAUGGGAGUGUUGGCUGGGUCCUGUCAGAGAUAGAUAAACUCAACCUCCACAAACAGUGCCAGCUAGGAGUGCUGCCGCUGGGUACCGGGAACGACCUGGCCCGGGUUCUGGGCUGGGGCCCGUCGUGUGAUGACGACACCCAGCUCCCCCAGAUCCUAGAGAAACUGGAGCGGGCCAGCACAAAGAUGUUGGACCGCUGGAGCAUCAUGACCUACGAGAUCAAGCUCCCGUCCAAACACAGCGGGCCGGUCACGCCUGAUGAGACUGACGACGGCCAGUUCCAGAUCUCAGCAUACGAAGACUCAGUAGCUGCCCAUCUCACCAAGAUCCUGAACUCUGACCAACACUCUGUUGUCAUCUCCUCUGCUAAGGUCCUGUGUGAGACAGUAAAAGACUUUGUCGCCAAAGUAGGGAAAUCCUACGAUAGAAGCACUGACAACUCAGAGGAGGGUGACACUAUGUCUCUGAAAUGUGCCAUCCUGAAUGAGAAGCUGGACUCGCUCCUCCAGACCCUCAACAGUGAAGCACAGUCCCUCCCGCCACCUCCUGACCUCUCCACACCCCCCAUCGUCGAAGAGGAGGAGGAAGAGGAGGAGGAAGAGGAGGAGGAGGAGGUGAGUGAGGAGUCGUUGACCGAGCUGAAGGAGAAACUGGAAGCGGAGGAGAGCGAGAAGGCAGGGGAGAAGCGAGGUUCGCCAGACAAGACGUUCCGCUGUAAAGAACAGCUCAUGUUACGAGCCAACAGCCUGAAGAAGGCCGUACGACAGAUCAUCCAGCAGGCCGAGAAAGUGGUGGAUGAGCAGAACGCCCACAUGGAGGAGCAGGAGCUGCCGUCCCCAUUGGAGUUCAGGAAGGAGGGAGAGGACGAUAACAGGGACAGUGAGAAGGACGAGGACACCAAGGAACUGGAGAGUGGACAAUUGGCUAAGAGUCCAUGUUCCCCACAAGAGAAGCGCAUUAGUCGCAGCAGCCAGUCAUGUGGUUCCUUCUCCAUCACCCCCUUCACCACCAGCAAGGAGAACCUGCCUGUGCUCAACACACGCAUCAUCUGUCCCGGUACAUCAUACGGUCUGCGUGCUGGUCUGGCAGCCUCUAUAGCUGGUAGCUCAAUCAUCAGUAAGAUGCUGCUGGCCAACAUUGACCCAUUUGGAGCCACGCCCUUUCUGGACUCUGACCUGGACUCCCUAGAGGGCUUUAAUGAGAAGUGUGUGAUGAACAACUACUUUGGAGUGGGGCUGGAUGCUAAGAUCACCUUGGAGUUCAACAACAAGAGGGAGGAGCACCCAGAGAAGUGCAGGAGUCGUACUAAGAACAGGGUGUGGUAUGGGGUCCUAGGCACCAAGGAGCUCCUCCAGAGGACCUACAAGAACCUGGAACAAAAAGUUCAGCUGGAGUGUGAUGGACAGUACAUCCCCCUGCCCAGCCUUCAGGGCAUCGCGGUGUUGAACAUCCCCAGCUACGCCGGGGGAACCAACUUUUGGGGAGGAACCAAGGAGGAUGAUAUUUUCUGUGCCCCGUCAUUCGACGAUAAGAUCCUGGAGGUGGUGGCGGUGUUUGGUAGUAUGCAGAUGGCUGUGUCCAGAGUGAUCAAACUGCAACACCACCGCAUCGCACAGUGUCGUUCGGUGAAGAUCACCAUCCUCGGGGACGAGGGGGUUCCCAUCCAGGUGGACGGGGAAGCGUGGAUCCAACCCCCAGGGGUCAUCAAGAUACAGCACAAGAACAGAGCCCAGAUGUUGACCAGAGACAGGGCCUUUGAGAACACUCUCAAGUCGUGGGAAGACAAGCUGAAGUAUGACAAGUUGCCCCUGCGGCCACACCUGUACUCCCAGACAUCUGUGGACCUGGCCACCGAGGAGGAGGUGGCCCUCGUACAGCUGUGUGCCCGCGCCGCUGACGAGCUCAUCACCAGGAUCUGUGAGGCGGCUAAGACCAACAGUCUGCUGGAGCAGGAGCUGGCCCAUGCCGUCAACGCCUCGUCACACGCCAUCAACAAGACGCACCCCAAGUUCCCAGAGAGUAUGGCCAGGAGCACGGCUAUAGAAGUGGCCAGUAACGUGAAGGCUUUACACAACGAGACUGAAUCGCUUCUGGUGGGACGAGUGUCACUGCAACUUGAACCCCCAGAUGAAGAGUCCUUGUCCGGGGCUCUGCAGAGUGUGGAGAUGGAGCUGGCCAAGCUGGUGGAGAUACCGUGGUUAUAUCACAUACUGCAGCCCGAUGAAGACGAGGACCCUUCUUUAGAGUAUGGAAAGAGGAACAGUCGUAGCAGCAUGUUCAGAAUCGUCCCGAAAUUCAAGAAAGAGAAAGCCACCAAGAAGUCCAGCCCUCAGUCAGUGGAGAGAUGGGGCACUGAGGAAGUAGGCAUCUGGCUGGAGCAGCUCAGUCUGGGGGAGUACAGGGACACCUUCACACGUCACGACAUCCGAGGCUCCGAACUGCUGCACCUGGAGAGGAGGGACCUGAAGGAUCUGGGGAUAUCGAAAGUGGGUCAUAUGAAGAGAAUUCUUCAGGGAACUAAGGACCUGGCCAAAACCGCCAUGGUUGACCUCUGAACCGGAAGUCUUUCGGAGUUGGAGGAAGUGCCGCUCCACCACAGAGGGAGGGUGUUCUGCAGAUAGAGGUGAAAGCCCGGCAUUUUCCAGUUAAUGGAUAGGCGGUUUGGAUCCUUGGAAUGGGUCUUGAGAGAAGCUUUUGGGGGGCACUGCUUUGGCGUUGAUGCCAAAGAUUCUAGACAGAACAAGACAGUUGUUGGACAGCGCAAAGAAGGAAGUCCUGGAUCUUCAAGAAAAAGCUUCUUUUUUUGUUUUCUAAAAGCAGUACCAUUCAUGGCUCAAUCAGGUAUGCAACUAACGGACAGUGUAAGGUGUUGGAUUGGUCGUAUGGGCUCGUAUUGAAGACCUAAUCCAAGUAGCAAAAAGGUGACUUCCAUGAGUGUUUUCAGUACUGUACAGUCCCGAGGGGAUUGUUUGGCUUAGUGACUCGUUGCUUACCCGUAGAUGGCUGCAGAUGCAAUGCUAAAGUUGGCAAUAACCAACUUUCACUGUUUACUUUACACUAUGGGAGACAUCCCCAACAACACCAUGUUCCCUAGGGAGGGCACCUACUUUGAUGGGAUGCACUUAGCAGGGAAGGGGGUGUGGUUAGAGAUGUCCCCUGGGAGAAGGAGGUGCAAUGCCACAACAUUGGGAGUUAAGGGAGGUGCAUGCUACGCGAGCUUAACUUAAGAUAUCUACUUCGAAUUGCAUGACAGGUGUCUUGUUUCUUUUUUGUGUGUGUGUGUGUGUGUGUGUGUGUAAAAACUUAACACUUGAACAAGUUUUUCUUUUACAUAUGACUUAUAUAGUGUAAUAAUUAUACCAUGUGUUACUACUGAAAGCAUUGUUUUGGUUUUGAAUCAACUGGUUUUGUUAAUAGUUUUUAUUUAUUUGUUUUUGCAUGAUGAUUCUGUGUCAAAGACCUGUGUGAUGUGCCAUAUUUUUGUAAUUUUAUUGUAAAAUGUGCUUUAUUGGUAAGAGAAUGUCUGAAUUUUAGACAAGUUAUUAGAUUAAUUAUUCAAAGUUAUAUUUUGUGGUUUCACACUUUUUCUGUUGAUGUGAAAAUCAGUACCAAAGUGAAUGUCCACGACACUUCCGAACUUAAUUGUUAACUUUGAAAGUAGCAAAGAUAUCACUAUAAUGUUUGGGAUCAAUAUCCGUUACGACUAGAGUGAGUGAAUCUUUCUGGUCUUAAGCCAAUUAUUUCAUAUAUUUAUGGAAUACUUAAUAGGCACUUUUCUAUUUAGCUGUUUGCAAGGUUCCAUUUUUUCAUAUCCCUAGAGACAGUUCAACACAACCGAUAACAUUUAAACACUCAAUACAGUAUUUUACAGAGUAAUAGCAUGGUAGCAGGAAUAAGAAUUGCAGUAUAUAGUGAUUUAAGUAUACCGUAGAGCAGCUGAUCUGCAGCACAUCGUAGGAGCUUUGAUAACGUGCAGAUUUGCUCAGUGUUGUUUAUAGGACACUUGUUUUGUUAGAUUGGCGGCAUUAUAUGCUAUACAGUAUUUGUAUAUGUGAUGUUAAUUAUAUAUGCAUUAUGGACUAUAUAUAUAUAUAUAUAUAUAUAUAUAUAUAUAUAUAUAUAUACACACACACACACUAUCAAACCAAUGUAUUCAUACACUGUAGCAGCUGUUUCAGUCCAAUGCCUUCGUUGAUUGCUGACAUGACAUGGCCACAAAUGUUUUAACGACCAUGUCUAUUGGUUUGCACCACAAACACCAAUCAUGUAUUUUGUUCAAUAGGAUAAUCUCUCCUGCAUGUGUUUAAUCCUGUUGUAUUCUAACAGAGGUGCAAUAUUGUAUUGGUUUUAAUACAGUCUCUCUGACAUGGUAUUUCGCUGUGGAGAAAAAUGAAAAAGGUUUUGUAUGCACAGACCAAGUUUUAAACGGAAAUAACGUUUCUUACUACUUCAUUUCAAUUCAAAAUUCUUCCAAAAGCUCACUGGUUUUUAGUCUUGUUCCUCUGUGCUUCCAGGAUGAUUGUCAAAGCAGAAUGAAAAAGGUGAGACAGUGGUACUGGCUGAAUUUGAGACUGUUAAACAGGCAGACUUGACUGUUGUUUUAUCCUGUGUUUAUCUAUCAGUCCCUGUAUGUUCAUUUACAUCCGCUAAAUACUUAGCAUUUAUUUCACAGUCCUACUCUAUCCUAAAAUCUGUAUUUAGAAAUGACAAGGUUAGAUCAAGAUUACCUGAUAAUCACUAUGUUCUCAUUUUGUGAAAAAGCAUUCAAGUUCAGUUCAAAUGGAAAUCAAGAUCCGUUUGGAACCACCAAAAACCACUCUUCAUUUUUUUUAUUAGACCAGACACUGAGAACAGGUGAGAGGGUGUGCUGGAAAAGCCCUGGGAUUGUUUCUAAUCCAUGCCUGCACUAGUACAUGUGUAUCGGAGGCACCGUCGUAAGACCGCUAAACCCCACCAGACCAUGUGUUCAUUUAUUUAAACUAAUCACCAUAGGUUUUACUUCAUAAUUUGCAGUGUAUACAGUAUAUAGGACUGUAACAUAAAUCAUUACCUGCUGUUUAUUUCUACCUCUCUGUUGGUGGCUUCUGAAGAGAAUUCAACUAUGAAUGCCUUUAUAUCCACUCAAAUUUAAAGACGCAUUACAGAUAAACGUUAGAAAAAUGCCAUGCGCAUGUAGUCCCAAGCUUAGUGAAAUAGUAUUGAAAAGAAUACGUCUUUUAUUACAUGUGGGAUUUUUACAAAGUAGAGAUAAUAGCAACAAGGUAGCUCUGUUUUAGCCAAAGAUUUGGAUUAAAACAUAUUCCAAACCUUUAAUCUUUUCAAAUCCUAAGUAGCCAACAAACAGUUCUUGGUCAUUAACAGUAUUUUUCGUUUGUGUGACAGUCGGUUGAGUAUACUGUUUGUUUGUAUCACAGUUAUGUCUUCUUGUCUAUUAGUGCUUUGUUAUGUGCUGGUUUUGCAGACAUGCUUUAGAUGGAUAGAUCUUACUGGUCUCAGAGUGAUUUAACCUGGGAAAACAUAACUCUGUUCAAUCGAGACACAUUCUGUAGUUUGAAUUCAUGUGCAAUCUAGGUAGUUAAUGUCAGUGUUUCCAGAUCCAUGUGCAUAGUUCAAAUUUCUUGCAUCAGUUCGCAGGCUGUACUGUUACUGAAGGGUGUCCAUCUGGUUCUGUAGGACUGUGUUGGAUCUGAAGGGUGUCCAUCUGGUUCUGUAGGACUGUGUUGGAUCUGAAGGGUCUCCAUCUGGUUCUGUAGGACUGUGUUGGAUCUGAAGGGUCUCCAUCUGGUUCUGUAGGACUAUGUUGGAUCUGAAGGGUCUCCAUCUGGUUCUGUAGGACUGUGUUGGAUCUGAAGGGUCUCCAUCUGGUUCUGUAGGACUCUGUUGGAUCUGGAGGGUCUCCAUCUGAAAGAGAAAUGGCUGUAGUACUAGAAUCAGAGGUUUCCUGUUGGCGCAGAUCUGGGAUCAGCUUACCUCCCCCUAUCCUUUCCAUAAUCAUUUGGAGAGGAAACCACAUAACUGACUUUAGAUCAGCAACCAGGGACAACUUCAUCAUACCCCAAACCUUUCCAAUGGUGUGUAUAUAUAAUGCUGCAAACUGCCUGGUUUUCAUGAACCAACGAAACCCCAUUUGAGGAUGUCUUUUGACAGGGUGGACCAUGGUGUCUCUGACAUGGUCCAGAACGUUGGUGGAGUUUCAUUUUGUUUACAUUCUGUUUACAAUGGCACAGUUUUAAUUUUUAAGGAUAAAUAUAAAUAAAUAUAUAUAUACAGUGGGGAGAACAAGUAUUUGAUACACUGC